CUCACCAACCGCACAUGGCGCCGUCUGCUCACCAUCUGCGAGAAGGUCUACUACGAGCCCGUCCUGGAGUUCUACACGACCUUCAGGCACACACCGACGACCGAUUGGAAAGACGGUACAGCCGUCAGAUUCAGGCUAGGCGGUGCCCCCCGGUCGAUGAGCUACCAUGAGCUGGCCGAGGCUCUCGACCUCGACCUGGAUGACGGUGCGGACUACAUCACCGAGGUCAACGACCCGCCGGAGGUGGACUUCAUGAGGCUGUACACCCGCCUGGCUAAGCCAGGCCAGAGGAAACCCUUCUCGGCUGGGAGGAAGAAG